CUUUGAUAAAUAGCUGAUAAUGAGUGGAAGAGGCAAAAUCGGCGGUAAAGCCCGAGCAAAGGCUAAGACUCGCUCCUCCAGGGCGGGACUGCAGUUCCCCGUCGGCCGUGUCCACAGGCUCCUCCGCAAGGGAAACUACGGUGAGCGCGUCGGUGCCGGAGCUCCUGUUUAUCUGGCGGCGGUACUCGAGUACCUCACCGCUGAGAUCCUGGAGCUGGCCGGAAACGCCGCUCGGGACAACAAGAAGACCCGCAUCAUCCCCCGUCACCUGCAGCUGGCGGUGCGUAAUGACGAGGAGCUCAACAAACUUCUGGGCGGAGUGACCAUCGCUCAGGGCGGCGUGCUGCCCAACAUCCAGGCCGUGCUGUUGCCCAAGAAGACCGAGAAACCCGCCAAAUCUAAGUAAAGGGAUCACAGAGUCUUUUACUGAAACAAAGGCUCUUUUAAGAGCCACCUAUUUUAUCUGUCUACGAGCGCUUUUCUCUAUUAUUAUUUACAAACAGUAUGCUGUCUUUAAAUCGGACAACUUUGAAUGAGACUCAAUGUUUACGCGCACGCGCGUUGAAACCAUAACAGUUCAAAAGGCCUUCAAACAAAUAGAAUUAUGUGACAAUUUGAAGUAUGCAUUUUAUAUCAUGAAUUUAAAAAUUGUGUAGUUCUAUGACCCAUGUAUUACUAUUUUUUUUUUCAUUAAAAGAGAAUAUGAAAGCACUAAAAUGCUAAUAUAAAUGAAAGUUGGUAAUGAAAUUACGCCCAGUGACGUCGCAGUUUCGUUUAUCUGAUUGGUCUCAG